CGACCUACCAGCACCUACACGUUCCUCGUCGAAGGUACUUCUACCUCUUUGCUCUGAAACUAUCUUAUAAGCUAAUUCAUCCUACUUAGCUUGGGCGAACAGCACACCUAUCCUACCCAAAGAGAACAAAAUCCAUCAUGGCAGCAAACUACCAAACAAACGCAGCUCACUUGACCAACACUUUCUCCAACGAGCAACCCACAAUCACAGAAAGGACAGGGUCGCGAGACUACUCCCACACCGACGAAUGGGACGCCUCCAAAACGCCCCCCUCGCGCUUCCAAAAGCGCAAAGGCAGCAUCUACGCCACGCCCUCGUCCCGCGACGGCCACGUAGAGCGCAACCGCGACGCCGUCGAGGAGUUCCACAAGGCGCACUCGAAGCGCUGGUCCAUGAGCAGUACCGCGUCGAGCCGUCGCGGCAGCCUGCCCGGCGGCAACAACAGCAACAGCAACAACAAUCAUAACACUACCGCUACCCAUUCCACAUCUACCAGCGACCAGCGCCGCAAAGCAAGCCAAUAGGUGUGGUCGACGGCGUGGGCGCCGGUUAUGCCGUAGAGCCGGGGCUGUCGUCGCGACGGCGGGGAUGAUGCUACGUAUAGGGGUGGAGAUGGAAAUGAAGAUGAAGACGAAAAAGGUAACGAAAAAUGUACACGUAUACACGAGAGUAGAGCAAGGGGGGUGGGUGCGUGGUUCGCCGGCCUAUGCGGGGGCGAGAGCCCUGAGGACGAGCGCCGUGGUGGAAAGGAGUUGAUGGGCCCUGGGAUGAUGUUCUUGGGAGGUGCAGUUGCUUCGCUGGCUUGUAUUACAUAUAUAGGGUAUACCUAACCGCCUCCAUUCCUGUUUUACUAUUACUACUACUACUACUACUACUACAACUACUACCUUACUUUACCUUACGACUAGGUUACGACAUGAGCACGACGAAUAUAUGAAAUUCUUUCAACCAACUCACUGGGAGAUUUAAUUUUGCAGUUUACAUGCGUAGUUGGAAAGCUUGAAUGUCCGUAAAGAAAAUAUAUAAACGCACGCUUAUGAU